CGUUGAAACCAAGGCAAAGCCUGUGAGUUGCAGUCGCUCAGCAAAGCUCUCGGAUGCUCCGAUCCUCUUUUAGCAGCCGAUCCUAAUGCCCGGCGGCGAGCUCCUCCUUCCUGCUCCGCCCCGGCUACUCCCCUGCGAGCAAGUCCGGGAAGAGGCCGUGCUUCGAGGCGAGGCCAGGCCUUAGGGCGGGCUUGUGGGAUUGAAGUGGAUGGGAUCGCACGGCAUGUAGGAGGCCAUGGCGGAGGAAAAGCUGCCUUUUUCGGCCACCCCUUCAGAAGGUGCUUGAGAGGACGACAGACAAAGUCUCUUCCUGGCUAUGCUGUGCCUUCGUCUCCCGCUGCUGCUGCUGCUGGUGUUCCUGCUGAGAUCCCUUCUUGAGACAGCCGGAGCAGAAUCUUCUUUCCAUUUACCAGCACCACAGAACGUCAUAAUUGUCUCAAAUAAUUUUCAGAGUACAUUAAAAUGGUCCCCGGUUAAGGGGAUCAAUAACAGUGAAGUGUCAUACAGAGUUGAAUAUUGCUCAAUAUCUUUCUGCCCUUUGCAAGAAAAUUCCAUAAAUACGACAAAGCCUGAAUAUUAUUUCACAAAUGAUAUAAGAGCACAUGUAAAAGUAAUUUUCCGUGUUAGGACUGAACAAGGGGAAUUAAAGUCUGACUGGGUAGAAACUCCUCCAUUUCGAGCAACAGAUAAAACUAUUUUGGGACCUCCAAGAGAAAUAGAUACAGCAGUGGAAGGCAAUUCAAUUCUUGUUAGCUAUAAACCUCCCUUUGAUAAUAAUUCAACAUUCUUUGUUUUUCGAUAUGUUAUUUAUUACUGGAAGAAGUUAACAAAUAAGGACCAGCCUUCAGAGGACAAAGUGCAGGUAGUAGAGACCAGCAAUACACGACACAAACUUGCAAAUCUGAUGGAAAAGACAGAGUAUUGCAUUCAAAUAGAAUCAGUGCUUCCUAAACAAGAUCUGCAUGGAAAUUUAAGUUACAUUUAUUGUAAAAAAACGUCUCUCACUGAGGCAACAAAGAUUUUAACAAUCACACUGGUGGCCUUAUCUUUUGUUGUACUCUUUAUAUUUUUCUUCUUGAUGAUUACACUGAAGCAUUCAAAUAUAAUUAAAUCGCUUUGUCAUCCUCCUCUUAAAAUACCUUUGCACUAUCAAGAGGACUUACAAAAUCCUCGUAUGGGUGUGGAUGAAGAAUUUAAGAACUCUGGAGGAGAAGAGCAUUGGGACUCUGUGUCAGUUAUCUCCAAUGUGGAGCAAAACCCAACUGUGACAAACAACACUGACUGCAAUAAUCAGGAAGUUGACCUGCUAUGAACAGAUUCGCUUAGAUGACAAGAUAUAAUCUUCAUUUUACUCAGGUUCACUGAUGCUGAAUGCAACUGUACAGUUGUUGAACUACAUAGGAAAUUAGAUGGCUGCUCAGCAUACUGAGAUACUUCCGUAUAUACUGAACUAUGAGUUAGAGGCAUAACCUGUGUGCAGCAUCUGACCUAAAUUCAAGGAUAUCUUCCACUGAUGGAGAAGCGUAUUUUGCCUAAAUAUUAUAUUGAUGUCCGUCAACUGAUAUAUAAUUAUAAUUACUGAAACAAUGUGACACUCUGGAAAUGCAGUCAAUGCAGAAAUAUGUAAAUACAGGGAGCAGCAUCUUAUAAUAUGGACUGAAGCUAUUGGAGAAAGCAAACAGCCUUAUUGGCUUUCUUUGACCUUAAGUGCAAUCCUGAAAAGAUUUGAGUUGUGUUAAUGGGGGGGAGGGACUUUGAGACUUGCAAAUGAAAGUGGGCCCAGUUAGUGCACUAACCAAAAGUAGGGCAAUAGAGGCAUUUCUUACUGACAGAUUUUGUUUCUGUUCAUGCAAUAAUAAUUUCUCACAUAAUGCCCUUCCUCAGAUGCUUCAGCUAGUAUAGUGUGCAGUAUUUAUACUUCUAACUAGAGCAUGGAAGAUCAUAUUGUUUUAGUGCACAUGCACAGGCUGCCAGUGUGCAUCUGACCUAAAUUCAAGGUGCUACUGUCCAUCUUUAAAUAUAGCAAGUCAUAAAUUUGUUCCUCUGUGAGGUGACCAAUUGUGGUCAAGCUGUUUUACUUUUAUCUAGUAAUUUUUGCUGGCUGCUGAAAUGUCUUUUUAAAAAAUUGUUCUGGAUUUAUUUGCUGCUUAUUCACAUGUCCUGGUAAUUGCUUUUAAAAUCAGUUUAAACCUGAACUAGCAGAUGGAAAAUGGUAAUCAUUUCUUUGCUAGGAAGGCCCCUAAAGAUGUAUUUUAAAACACCUGUGCUAGGCUGAAGAACAGAUUGAAUAUGCGAAGUUUUUUUUACAUCUGUUAAUGCCUGUUGGAGGGUCUGGAUAUUACAGAAGUUAGUUGAGCAAAUUUUCUAGACAGAUUUUUUUCCUUAUCAGCAAAAAAUUAAGAUCAUUAACUACUAUCCUGCAAUAAUGAUGCCAUAACUUGAAUUUUUCUGUUCUGCAUCAUUUCUGUGAGUUUCUGUAAAACUAUUGUGAUUCUCUUACUACAUACAUAUAAACUACAACCAACUGAAAA